AUGAAUAAAGAUAAUACACUGUACUGUAGUGCUUACAGAAUUGCCUUCUUCUCUGAGAUAGGCAUCGGGAUCUCAGCCAACAGCUGCCUUCUCCUCUUCCACACCUUCAUGUUCAUUCGUGGGCACAGGCCCAGACUCACUGACUUGCCCAUUGGCCUCGUGGCCCUAAUCCACCUAGUGAUGCUAUUACUUGCAGCAUAUAUAACUGAAGACUUUUUUAUGUCUUCAGGAGGAUGGGAUGACAUCACAUGUAAACUAUUCAUUUUCUUGCACAGGUUUUUCAGGAGCCUCUCUGUUUGUGACACCUGUAUGUUGAGUGUCUUCCAGGCAAUCAUCCUCUGCCCUCAAAGCUCUCACUUAGCAAAGUUCAAACUCAAUUCUCCACAUCACCUCUCAUGUUUCUUUAUUUUCAUGAGCAUCUUCUAUACAUCCAUCAGCAGCCAUAUCUUAAUAGCAGCCAUUGCCACACAAAAUCUCACCUCGGUUAAUCUUAUAUAUAUCACGAAAUCUUGCUCUUUUCUACCCAUGAGUUCCUCAAUGCAACGCACCUUCUCCACACUGCUGGCUUUCAGGAAUGUCUUCCUUAUUGGUCUCAUGGGCCUCUCAACUUGCUACAUGGCGACUCUCUUAUGUAGACAUAAGACUCGGUCCCAGCAGCUUCAGAACUCAAAACUUUCUCCAAAGGCAACUCCAGAGCAGAGAGCCAUCUGGACCAUUCUAAUGCUCAUGAGCUUCUUUCUGAUAAUAUCAACUUUUGAUAGUAUCAUGACCUACUCAAGAACUAUAUUCCAGGGAAAUCAAUCUCUGUAUUGUGUGCAGAUUCCUGUAGCCCAUGGCUAUGCUGCAUUCAGUCCUCUGCUGGUUCUCAAUAAUGAAAAACGACUAACUAGCCUGAUGAUAUCCAUGUAUGAUAGGAUAGUAAGGUUAGAGUCUCUGUGUUCAUAA